UAUUAUAUAUAUACAUAUAUAUUAAUAUAAGAAGAAAGAAAACGUUAUAUUAUUGUCCAAUUGUAAACCUUUUAUACAUUACGCAAAAUGAUUUAAUUACUAAAACGACCUUUUAGGUUACGUAUGCUUAAUCCAGAAGAAAGAUGGCGCAUAUGUAAAAUUCUAUGAUAUUAAAUGCGUUGUUGGGGUUAGUAUCAAAUUAAAUUGUGAAAGGUUAUGUUCAUUAUAAUCGCAAAAAGUAAUACAGUACUCGCAGUAAUAGAUGUGUUGGAGUGAUUACUAAGGAAAUUAAAAGUGAUAUAGAAUAUUGACUUUGUAGAUAAAGGAAUUAUGGAAAACUACGCAAAUCGUUCACUUUUCGGUUUUACUAUAUUCGUUUUUUUUCUUUACUGUAUGAAAGUGUCAGAUGUACUAAGUGCACCAACAACCCUACGUAUUAUAGAUGUAAUAAAAGCUAAGAAUUACUUAAAUUGUAAUGUACAACCGUUUUUUUACGAAAAUAAUAUUACAUCAGUUUGUAAUAAUUUAACAUAUUCUGUGGAUGAGCAUGAUUUAAAGUCAACGAAUAUCCUUUUAUGUUUUGCAUUCCUUGAUGGAUUGUAUAAAGUUUGUCACUCUAAUGAAUUUCCCAAGGAAUAUAAUAAUACAACUACAUUUUAUUCAUAUAUUCAAAGUUUGGUCCCUGGUGAAAAAGAAAGAGAUAAAGAUGAGUUUUGUGGCAAUAUUAGUGACAUUAAUAUUGCAUAUAAACAAUUGGAACGUCAGUUAUCAUAUAUAAAGUCGUUACGUUUCUGCUAUCAGGAAUGCUUUGAUAAAUCAGGUAAAUUUACUCCACUUUGUGCGAUAUUAGCAUGGAACAAACAUAUUAGUGAUACAAAACAAGUAAAUACAAAUAAUAAGUCUCAAGGUGACACGAAUGAGAAAGAAGAUGAUAAAGAUGUAAAACCAGAUCCACAAGUACUGCAUCCUAGUCCAGGAAUAGACAAACCUUCCAGUGAAGCAUUAAAAGGAAAUGAUGAUAAUAAAAAUAAAACACAAAUAGAUAGACAUAUUGAUGUUAAAGCUGUUGUAACUAUGCCACUAGUACAAGGAAAACAGAAUAAUACUAAAUCCUCUAUAAUAUCUAGUGAAAGUAACAUCGAUGGUAUCAAUACAUCUCCAACAGGCUAUAAAAGAAAGGAGUCACAAAAUGGAAAAGAUGAGGUUCUUGAAAAUAUAGAACCACCGCCUAAAAGUAAUGACAAAGUAGGGAUAGGAAAAGAAGAGAUAACUAAUACAAAUUCUGUAAAUAAUGAAGAUGGAGGAAAUAAGAAUGAUGGUAGUGAGGAUGUCACAACAAGUACAUUAUCAGAAAACACUCAGGAACAAGGUUUUAGUCAUGAAUGGAAUUCCAACGUGCAAGGUGAUGAAUUAUCUAUUGAUCCAAAUAAUAGACCUGAACAGCCUGAGGAUACAGCAGAUCAAGGUCUGGGUAUGACUGAACAGAAAAAUGUGAUGUCUAGUUACAAUAAUAUCAGGCCAGAUGAAGAAUCCCACUUUUUUACUUACUUCAGUAUAAUUUCCUUAAUCUCAAUAGCUGCAUACAUUGGUUAUCAUAAUAAACAGAAGAUAUUAGCUAUUGUAUUGGAAGGACGAAGAUCACGUAAUCGCGGUAGACGACGAUCGAGUACAGUUAAUUAUACUAAAUUAGAUUGUACACUUGAAGAAGCAGUUACAUCACAGUGUAAUGCAAAUGUGACCCAUGUCAUAUAUUAAUGCAUGUAUCAAAUAUUUUAAAGCUACUGUAUAAUAGUACUUGUGUAACAUAUUUUGUACUGAAGUAUAUUUCCAUUGUAAUAUGA